UCCCUCUGAAAAAUGUCUGUAUGUGGAGCAUUCGUUUGUGCUGGUCCUGAACCCCCUGUAUGUGUGCCCAGCAAACAUUCCUGCCUGCUCCUGACUGGUUUCCAAGCAAGGUCCCUUUUCAUGCCAGACACAAGCACUGGACACUGCAGGGCAUUGUUCCAGAGGGAGGAUGUGCACGAGAAAUGUGCCUGAACGUGAGGGACCCAGUGCAGCCCCCUAAGGAGACCUUCACCCAUUCCUGGUACCAAGGGAAGCCAAAGUAAGUGAUUUCUCAACUGGUUUCCUUAAUCUGGAAAUUAAUUUGAACAUAACUGAAGUCCAAGGGCAGUAUGGGGGAGUGAGAUCCCAUCUGUCCCUCUGGCUCUGUCCCAGUCCCACCGUGCCACCAGCCAGCACUGGGCAGCUUUCAGAGCCGAUGGGCUCCAGCAUCUUCUCCCCUCUGACUCCGUGGCUCUCCUGAAAACAAAAGGGAAAAAAAAAAAAAAAAAGAAAGAAAGAAAAAGGAAAACCAAGAUCCCGACGUGGCACUGCGUCUGUAAGCUUUCCCUACACAAAACCUGCCAUCUUUAACCAAAAUCAAAGCGGGAAUAUCCGCUCUCCCGGCAUCGCCUCGCAGCCCCCGGCCCCCUCCUCCGCAUCUCUGAUGUCACCCGGGAGGAGCGUGAUUCAGCCGGCAGUUGCCGUGGUGAUGCCAGGGAUGCCGGGGAGCGCAGCUCUGCCCCGCUGCCCCCAGCCCUUCCCGGGGAGCACAGGGCACCGAGCCCCCCGGCGCUGAGCCCCGGGACGUGCCAUGGGCUCUCAUGCCACGGGGAGCUGCCCAGAGCCCCCGGCGACCACCGAGACUGAGAGGAUGUCGACGGCGGCCAGCGAUGGUGGAUGUUGAUGUUUGUGCGGGUGGAGAUAGUACCAGAAGAAAAAUGGAUGCUCUGACAGAUAGUGCAGUUGAGAUUGUCCCUUUGGAGCUCUAUGAUUCAGCCAGAGCAAAAAUAGCUGCUAAUCUACAAUGGAUCUGUGCUAAAGCCUACGGAAUAGACAACGUCCCGGAGGAGCUGAAGGACCCGUUCUACAUCGAUCAGUACGAGCAGGAGCACAUCAAACCCCCUGUGAUCAAACUGCUGCUCUCCAGUGAGCUCUACUGCCGGGUCUGCAGCCUCAUCCUCAAGGGGGAUCAGGUGGCAGCUCUGCAGGGACACCAGUCCGUGAUGCAGGCGCUGGCUCGGAAGGGGAUUUACGUCAUGGAGAGCGAUGAUACACCUGUGGCUGACUCUGAUCUGGGCUCUGCACCAAUCAAAAUGAGUUCUCACAUGGCAAUGAUUGAUGCUCUUAUGAUGGCCUACACUGUAGAAAUGAUCAGCAUUGAGAAGGUGGUUGCCAGUGUCAAGCGUUUUUCUACAUUCAGUGCCUCAAAAGAACUGCCCUAUGAUUUGGAGGAUGCCAUGGUUUUCUGGAUUAACAAGGUGAACCUUAAAAUGAGAGAGAUAACAGAGAAAGAGAUUAAAUUAAAACAACAACUAAUGGAAAGUCCAGGGCAUCAAAAGUCUCCUUCCAAAUGGUAUUGGAAAUUAGUACCUGUGCGUUACAGAAGGGACCACCUCUCCAGCAGGCAGUUACCCUAUUUCCCUGUGCUGGAAGAUCUGAUGAAGGAUGGUAGUGAUGGUGCUGCUCUUCUAGCUGUGAUUCACUAUUAUUGUCCAGAGCAAAUGAAACUGGAUGAUAUCUGUUUGAAGGAGGUGACAUCAAUUGCAGACAGCCUCUAUAACAUUCAGCUUUUGAGAGAAUUCUCAAAUGAGUACCUAAACAAAUGCUUUUACCUCACCUUGGAGGACAUGUUGUAUGCUCCUUUGGUUUUAAAGCCUAAUGUCAUGGUGUUCAUUGCAGAACUCUUCUGGUGGUUUGAGAAUGUCAAACCAGACUUUGUACAACCAAGAGAUAUCCAGGAAAUAAAAGAUGUCAAGGCAGUGAUGCAGCAGAAGAGCAGCAGGCCCCCUGUCCCCAUUUCCAACGCCACCAAACGCAGUUUCCUGACCACUCCUGCCAGCCCAAGCCCAGCAGAGCUGCAGCCCCCAGCCCAGGCAGCCCCUGAGGCCUGCAGCAGGUACUACCUGCACCCUGAGGAGCCUGACUACCUUGGCAAAGGAGGAAGCCCUGCCUUCAGCCCUUCCCAUCCACUGCUGCCUUUGAGGCAAAAACAACAAAAAUCUUUACAGGGAGAAGACAGCCCUGGCCAUCGGCACCGUUCGAAUUCUCUGACCCGUGUUGAUGGGCAGCCACGAGGGGCAGUCCUGGCAUGGCCGGAGAGGAAACCCAGGCCUCUGUCUCAGCCACCACCAUUUGCCCUUCAUCAUUCUGCCAGUACUGAUGUGGACCCUGGCUCUGGUGACAGCAUUAGCCUGGCCAGAUCCAUCAGCAAGGACAGUCUUGCUUCCAACAUUGUCAAUGUAACUCCCAAAAAUCAGCCCCACCCUCCAUCAGUGAAAGCUAACGGGAAGAGCUUGCUGAACAACGUAGAAAUGGAGGAUGAAGAUGAAGAGCUCAUUGCAAUCAUCAGAUCUGAAGAAAGGCCAAACCGUGGUGACCCUGAGGUGCAGAGUGCAGCAGCCAGGGUGCCCAGCAUAGUGGCCACAGCGUGGUCUCCAAAAACAAACAGCGACCCUUCGGACAGCAAACCCGAGAGCUUUUACCUGGAGCCUUUAAUGCCUGCGGUGCUGAAGCCAGCCAAGGAGAAACAGGUCAUCAAUAAAGAGGAUGAGUGUGGGGAGGGGAAACAGAGGAGUUUUGUAACAAAGAGGUUAAGUGAAGGACACUUGUCUUUGCUCCGGAAGAAAGCGACGAGCAGCCAUGGUGAGCAUGACCUCAAUAGGACUUUUACUCCAAUUUCUAGCUCUGAUUUCACUCCAGUUGCAGAUCCCAGUUCUGCAGAUGCAGUGGCCAUGGGGGAAGCUGGUGUAGAAGCUUCCAGACCUUUGGCUAGUAGCAGUUUAGAUCCUUCCUCUCAGGAGCUGUCCACUGGAGGAUUCUUUCUUCAUGCUGCUAAACCUGAUGAUGAGGUAACAAGUAAAGGCAAUGUGAGUUAUGGGAAAGGUCUCAACCUGCACGUUCAGGACACAACCUGGACUAUGGUGAGACAGGACUCAGAGCCUGAUCUCUUGGACGUGGAAGAUGCUGACCAGGAUUUGGUGGUCAUGGACAACCAUCCCAUAGUCACUAAGUACAUCGGUGAGGAGGAAUCUGCCAAGCUGCAGGAGGACAUGAAGGUGAAAGAGCACGAGGACAAGGACGAUGCCAGCGGUCGCUCCAGCCCCUGCCUGAGCACCAUCUCCCAGGUGAGCAGCGUGUCCAUGGCCAGCGGCAGUGUCCGCAUGACCAGCUUUGCAGAGAGGAAACUGCAGAGGCUCAACAGCUACGAGACCAAGUCCAGCACGAGUAGCUCCCAAAAAACCACCCCAGAUGGGUCAGAAAGCUGCCCAGCACCACUGACCACGUGGAAACAAAAGCGAGAGCAGAGCCCCAACAGGCAGAACAAAGACAAUGUUAAUCUUCUAGCUUCAGAGCUGGUGCAGCUCCAUAUGCAGCUGGAAGAGAAACGCAGGGCCAUAGAGGCUCAGAAGAAGAAGAUGGAAGCCUUAUCAGCAAGGCAGAGACUAAAACUGGGCAAGGCAGCUUUCCUGCAUGUUGUUAAGAAAGGGAAAUCUCCUGACGGUCCACAACCUCUUAAACCAGAACAUUUUGCAAAAGAAUAUUCUCAGCACAACGGGGAAGAUUUGGAUGAAGUUUCUUUGGGUUCCAAAUCUGAGGAGUUUCUUGUGAAAGAGGACGAGAGAGAAGAAAUGAUCAACGAUUCUCAAGAAGUAGCAAAAGUAAAAAUGCAGGAGAGCCUGGCCUUUGCUGAGCAACACAAACCAAAAGACCCUGCUGCUAUACAUGAUUUGGAAAAAAGUAAAAUUAUUUCUGUUGCUCUCCUAGAAGACAACGUAACUGAAGCAGAUAUAAAUGAAUGUGAUCUUUCUAUCGAGAAGCUGAAUGAAACAAUCAGCACCCUGCAGCAGGCCAUCCUAAAGAUUUCCCAGCAGCAGGAGCUGCUCAUGAAAUCUCCGACAGUGCCAACCCCAGGAACCAGAAGUAACUCUCAGGACCAAAAGGUGAAACCUUCGAUUCAUUUUGUUGAGCCCCUGUCUCCAACUGGAAUGAACAGCCUGCGGAAACCGCCACGGCUCGGCCAAGGAAGGACUCCCAGACCAGGAAGGCCUUCAGAGCUGAAAGUCCCUAAGGACAGGCAGCAGAAUUCAGCACGUGUUAAAACCCCAACACCCAGCCUAGAAAACCUUCCACACCUGAGACCUUUCCCACCCAAUAGCUUGGCAAAGACACCCACGGAAGUGGGAUUGGAAAGCAGUCCUGAUCAUGGAAGUGGUUCCCAAGAGAAGUGCUUCUUUGAUACCUAUAGACUUCAUGAUGAGAGCAAUCAAAGGGCACUUGUUCUCUCCACCUCCAAAGAUAAAAAUAUUCUGUCUGAAAUGAGCAAAGAGGUGAAUAACAGCUUCAAGGAAACAGGGUUGAAUUCUUCUGAUGGCUCAGGAAAAGAAAAUGUCCCAGUGGAUGAGCCCCUGAGAAGCAAGGCUAAUCUCAUUGAAGUAGAUUUGUCUGAUUUAAAAGCUCCAGAUGAAGGAGAACUUGACAACCAGGAUAGCUCCACGGAUAUGAUUAGUGAAGGUGAUCAGAAGUCUGGUGUGGGUUUUUUCUUCAAGGAUGAACAGAAGGCAGAGGAUGAGCUGGCCAAAAAACGUGCGGCGUUCCUUCUGAAACAACAGCGCAAGGCCGAGGAGGCUCGGCUGAGGAAGCAGCAGCUGGAGGCUGAGGUGGAACAAAAAAGGGAUGAAGCUCGCCGCAAAGCCGAGGAGGACCGGAUACGGAAAGAAGAGGAGAAGGCUCGGCGAGAACUCAUCAAGCAGGAGUAUCUAAGGAAAAAACAGCAGCAAAUUUUGGAGGAGCAAGGGCUUGGGAAGCCCAAAUCCAAGCCCAAAAAACCCAGGCCAAAGUCUGUUCAUCGUGAGGAAUCUUACAGUGAUUCAGGCACAAAGUGCUCUUCCACACCUGAUAAUUUGAGCAGUGCUCAGUCUGGUUCCAGCCUGUCUUUGGCCUCAGCAGCAACAACUGAGCCUGAAAGUGUUCACUCUGGUGGCACUCCCUCACAGAGAGUUGAAUCAAUGGAGUCCUUACCCAUUCUGAGCAGAAAUCCCAGCAGAAACACAGAGAGAGACUGGGAGAACGCUUCCACAGCAUCUUCUAUUGCUUCAGUGGCAGAAUACACAGGUCCAAAAUUAUUUAAGGAACCCAGCAGCAAAUCCAACAAACCUAUUAUCCACAAUGCUAUAUCUCACUGCUGUCUUGCUGGAAAAGUGAAUGAACCACAUAAGAAUUCAAUAUUAGAGGAACUGGAGAAGUGUGAUGCCAACCACUACAUCAUCUUGUUCCGCGACGCCGGCUGCCAGUUCCGAGCACUUUACUGCUACUACCCCGACACCGAGGAGAUCUACAAGCUCACUGGGACAGGGCCAAAAAGCAUCACCAAGAAAAUGAUUGAUAAACUCUAUAAGUACAGCUCGGACAGAAAACAGUUUAAUGUGAUCCCAGCCAAAACCAUGUCUGUGAGCGUGGAUGCUCUCACCAUCCACAACCACUUGUGGCAAGCCAAGCGACCCGCGGUGCCAAAGAAGAGCCAGACUCGGAAAUGA